AUGCCGGAGAGGAACACUGUUUCCUGGAACGCAAUGCUUCAUGGCUAUGCCAAGAACGCCCACGCUGUAGAAACCUUGGAUCUUUACAAGAGGAUGGCGUGUGAAGGAGUAGAUCCCGAUGCCACCACUCUCAUCGCCACCUUGAUCGCCUGUAACCACAUUGGCUUGCUCGCUCUGGCAAUCCACCACUUCUCCUCCAUGAGCUUCGAUCACUCCAUCGCCGAGACAAUUGAUCACUACUGCUGUAUGAUCGACAUCCUUGGCCGGGCCGGCAAGAUACCAGAGGCCCAAGAGCUGCUCCACACGAUGCCAUUCCAAGCCAACCAAGUUGCAUACACUGCUCUUUUAAAUUCCUCUAGAAAUGCUGUUCUAGAGGUUGUUCCCUGUGGAUACCAUGAAACAGUGCUCCUAAAUGCUGCAGCUAUGGGGGUCGAGGAUACUACGUCCUUGACAGGAAAAUUUGUAAAAUCUCCUCAAGUUGCAGCUCUGCUGGUGCUGCUGGGAAAAACAGAAGCUCAAAAUCCAGCGAUCUUUAUUCAUCUGAGUCGAGUCUCCAUUUCAUGGGGGUUCGCUAAACGUGUUUCCUGCAGCUUGCACGGGGGAAUGCCUUCCCGACUCUAUCCUCCGAUGCGGCGAUGUAAUAUUCCCGGAACACUGUCAGAAUUGCUGCACCAUCAGGCGGUACAGUGGGGGUAG